AUGGACCAGAAAAACACAGUAGCCAGGGGAAACAAUGUGAAUCAAGACAGAAGUCAACGAAUUGAUGAAUCUCAAAGAAACUAUAACCCACAAUUCGGUUAUCAGACAAUGACGGAGGAGAGGGAAAUGAACAUGUAUCAGGGAAAUCAGUAUGUAAUUCAGCAGGUUGAUGGUGAGCAGAUUCCAGGAAAUUUUGUUGACCCUAUGGAAAGGCCAUAUGUGUAUAAUUAUCCAAUAUACGAGGGUGGAAUCCCAGUAUACACUUCAAUUCAGCCUUACGGAUACAACGGUUAUCAUGCAACUCAUCCGUAUGAACCGGUUAAAAACUUGCCAAGGAUAGUUUACACUGGACAGGAUUUAGUGGAGAAUCAAAGAUUCCAAACUGUGCCGUUGCCUUAUGGAAAAGUUACACAUCGUCAAAAAAAGAAUUUCCUGUGUUGUUAA